AUAUAGCAACAUUAUCAGCAUCAAUGGCUUCUUCCAGCUUUAUUUUGCCAUCCGAUAACUUGUUGAGAGCUGCUUAUAAUUGUCUUCUGCUUUGUGCUCUUCUGUUCUUGCCAGACCUGAUACUUGCAAAGCAUGCACAAGUCACAAGGCAACACAAUUUUGAAAUCAAAUUACAGAAGUUGACAAGGUUGUGUCAGACAAAGAGCAUUGUGACUGUAAAUGGGCAGUUUCCAGGGCCAAGAAUCAUAGCAAGAGAAGGAGAUAGGCUUGUGAUCAAAGUGACUAACCAUGUUCAGAACAACAUCACCAUCCACUGGCAUGGUGUGAGGCAAUUGAGAAGUGGUUGGGCAGAUGGACCUGCUUAUAUCACACAAUGCCCAAUUCAAAGUGGCCAAUCUUACACUUAUAACUUCACUGUUACUGGUCAAAGAGGCACAUUGUGGUGGCAUGCUCACAUCUCAUGGCUCAGAGCUACUCUUUAUGGUCCCAUCAUCAUUUUCCCUAAGAAAUAUAUCCCUUAUCCAUUCCCUCAACCCUUCAAAGAAGAAACCCUCACAUUUGGAGAGUGGUGGAAAGCAGAUACAGAAACUGUUAUUAAUCAGGCAAUGCAAACUGGAUCAGCACCCAAUCUCUCCGAUGCUUACACCAUUAAUGGCCUUCCUGGUCCUCUCUACAAUUGUUCUUCCAAAGAUACCUUCAAGCUUAGCGUGGAACCAGGAAAAACCUAUCUGCUUCGUUUGAUUAAUGCUGCACUGAAUGACGAGCUUUUCUUUAGCAUUGCCAAUCACACACUCACUGUCGUAGAAACCGACGCUGUCUACGUAAAACCUUUCGAAACAAACGUUGUCCUCAUCACACCAGGUCAAACUAUGAACGUCCUUCUCAAAACAAACCCUAACCCACCAAACGCCACCUUCCUCAUCGCUGCUAGACCCUAUGCAACCGGUCCGGCCACCUUCGACAACACCACCACCGCCGGGGUUCUACAUUACGAGAAUAAGUCACCGCCAACACUAAACCCUAAUCAAAAGAACCACAAACUUCCUCUCUUUAAACCAUCUCUUCCAAAGUUCAAUGACACAACAUUUUCAAUGAACUUCAACAAGAAGAUUCGAAGCUUAGCCAACGCAAAAUUCCCAGCAGAAGUUCCAAAAACUGUUGAUAAACGCUUCUUCUUCACCGUAGGGCUAGGAACUCUCCGGUGCCCACCAAACCAAAAGUGCCAAGGACCUAACAACACAAGAGUCGCAGCUUCCGUUAACAAUGUCUCUUUCGUGCAGCCAAACGUAGCUUUACUUCAAGCCCACUUCUUCAACAAAUCCAAAGGAGUAUAUACCACUGAUUUUCCUAUAAACCCACCUUUCAAAUUCAACUACACUGGGACCCCACCGAGCAAUAUUGUGAUGAACACUGGGACUAAGGUGGUGUUGUUGCCUUAUAACACUAGUGUGGAGCUUGUUCUUCAGGACACAAGUAUUAUCGGUGCAGAGAGCCACCCACUUCACAUUCAUGGAUUUAACUUCUUCGUUGUGGGUCAAGGUACUGGAAACUUUGACUCUAAAAAAGACCCUUUGAAGUUCAAUCUGGUUGAUCCCGCUGAGAGGAACACUGUUGGUGUACCAUCUGGUGGCUGGGUCGCUCUUCGUUUCCUUGCAGACAACCCAGGGGUGUGGUUCAUGCACUGCCACCUUGAGGUGCAUACAAGUUGGGGCUUGAAGAUGGCUUGGAUUGUUCAAGAUGGAAAGGGACAUCAUCAGAAGCUGCCACCUCCACCAUCUGAUCUUCCCAAAUGUUAAUCAAACUAUUGAUAUGUCUUUUUGGAGCUAGGGUUAAUCACUUAUUCUUUUGUUCACUGUUAUUUGAAGUUAGUUUUAGGCAAUUGAUGAAUUGUGAAAGACUUUUGUCUGCCUUUUUUUUUUCCACCAAGGAAUGAAAGAUGAUCCAAGAAUUUGUUGAAGUUGAA